UGUAGACCUGGCGCUCUGGCGCUGUCUGAAGUAGCCAGCAGGAGUCUCGCUAUCGUGGGUUACGAGGUAAUGGGUUUCGGGGGAAAGUGAGUUAGGCAAAGCGAGAGAAAAAAAUCUUAGGGCGGAAGUAGCAGGGAAAAGGGGAAGGAAAACUUUGAAUAACGCAUAUGCGAUUGCUCCUCGUUUGAAUGAUGAUCACGGGAAUUUAGCGCAGUACGUUUUAUAUAUCGGUUUUGUUAGAAAGCGGAAAAUGGGACUACCGACUUUAGAAUUCAGCGACUCUUUUCUGGAUAGCCCUGACUUCAGAGAACGGUUGAAUUGCCAUGAAGUUGAGCUGGAGCGCACCAACAAGUUCAUCAAGGAGCUCAUCAAAGAUGGGGACGCGCUCAUCGGUGCGCUGAAAAAUCUGUCCGUGGCCGUGCAGAAGUUUUCUCGCUCUCUGCAGGAGUUUCAGUUUGAGUGCAUCGGCGACGCUGAGACGGACGAUGAGGUGAACAUUGCGCAGUCUUUCAAGGAGUUCGCUCAGCUCCUGAACACAGUGGAGGAGGAGAGAAGACGACUGGUCCAGAACGCUGACGAUGUGCUGAUCACUCCCCUGGAGAGGUUUCGCAAGGAGCAGAUUGGUGUGGCAAAAGAAGGAAAGAAAAAGUUUGACAAAGAGACUGAGAAGUACUAUUCAACCCUGGAGAAGCACCUUAACCUGUCCUCCAGGAAAAAGGAGUCAUGCCUCCAAGAGGCAGAUGCACAGAUUGAUAAGGACAGGCAGGUCUUUUACGACGCCUCUCUGGAGUAUGUGUUCAAGAUCCAGGAGGUCCAGGAGAAGAAGAAAUUUGAGUUUGUCGAGCCGCUCCUGGCUUUCCUACAGGGUCUGUUCACGUUCUAUCACGAGGGGUAUGAACUGGCCCAUGAGUUUGAGCCCUACAAGCAGCAGCUUCAGUUCAACCUGCAGAAUACGAGGAACAACUUUCUGAGCACCAAGCAGGAAGUGGAGAAGCUGAUGAAGAGGGUGAGGUCAGCGGACCAGGACCAGAAGCCCCCAGGACGGUGGACCAUGGAGGGAUACCUCUACGUUCAGGAGAAACGACCUCUGGGGUGCACCUGGAUACGACAUUACUGCACGUAUGAGAAGGGGACUAAGACCUUCACCAUGACCAACACAGAGGCCAAGCCCACAGCCAAACAGAAUGGCGUGGUGCUGAACCCCUCUGAGAUGUUCAAGUUGAAGUCCUGCAUACGGAGGAAGACGGAUUCCAUCGACAGGCGCUUCUGCUUCGACGUGGAGGUGGUGGAGAGAUGUAGAAAUACCGUCUGUCGUGGAACUCUUUUCAGACCACUGCAGUUUUUCUGUAAAGCCCGGCAUGGGAUCAUCACCUUGCAAGCACUUUCCGAGUCCAACAGGAGACUCUGGCUGGAGGCCAUGGACGGCAAGGAGCCGAUCUACAAUCUGCCAGCCAUCCUAAGCAAGAAAGAGGAGACGCAUCUGAACGAGGCCGGCUUUAACUUCGUGAGGAGGUGUAUCAGCAUGGUGGAGGCGAGGGGAAUCAACACUAUGGGCUUAUAUCGUAUAGGAGGAGUCAACUCCAAGGUGCAGAAGCUCCUGACUACAGUCUUCUCAUCCAAAGCCCCAUCUGACAUGGAAUUAGACCCUGAAAUCUGGGACAAUAAGACCAUCACCAGUGGCCUAAAGAAUUAUCUCAGGUGCCUCUCUGAUCCUCUAAUGACAUACAAGCUUCAUGAAGAUUUCAUCAUGGCUGUCAAGUCUGAUGACCAGAAUUACAGAGUGUGUGCCGUGCACACUCUGGUCCACAAGCUGCCCGACCGAAAUAAGGAGAUGUUGGAAAUCCUAAUAAAGCACCUGCUUAUGGUGUCCGCGCACAGUAAAAGUAACAUGAUGACCGUGUCCAACCUGGGUGUGAUCUUCGGUCCGACGCUCAUGCGCUCCCAGGAGGAGACCGUGGCCGCCAUGAUGAACAUCAAGUUCCAGAACGUGGUGGUGGAAAUCCUGAUCGAGAAUUUCGAAAAGAUCUUCCACCAGCUUCCGGACCCCAACGUGCCCCUGCCGGAGCCUCAGUCCCGCGCAGAGUCCCGCCGGAGCAGGGCCGUCUGCCUCUCCACAGGACCUCGCAAGCAGAAGAGCCCCUACACGCCCACGCUGUGCCUGCCCGACACAGACAGUGACACGUUUAGCAGCAGCCCAAGCAGCACCCCAAUGGGCAGCAGGGAGUCAUUGUCCUCACACUCCUCCGAGCAGAACACCUUCUCCAAGACGCACUGCCGUCCGCAGCCCAAGGAGGGCCUUCCUGCCCCACCUUCCAACGGGCCCCAGGGCCUGGCCCGGUCCGGAGUGACCGACAGCUCCCCGGAGGACCGCCAGAGGGACAGCUCUGCUCCGACCGGUCCGAGGUCCUCUUUGGCCCCAAAGAAAGCGCCACACUGCUCGGCAGGCGUGGCGAGAGCAGCCCAGCCUGCCGCUCCGCCCCUCAGGCCAUUGCACAGCUCGGAAGCUCGCCGGGGCUGUGCCGGCUCCCUGCCAAGCCUGCUUCUGCUCACCGAUCAGCAGGACGGCUCCCGGGCGCCCGCUCGCUCUGACCUGCCCCCCAAGCUGCCCCUGCGGCUGCGGCCCGACACCUGCCUGGGCGGAUACCAGAGACCUGGCUCAGUGGUGGCAGCCAGAGCAUUGCUGUUUGAAAACCCCUCAGCUGCUCCACAGACCACUCCAGUGGGACGGGAUGCCAAGGCAAUAUACUCAUGCAAGGCAGAGCACAGCAAUGAGCUGAGCUUCCCCCAGGGGGCGCACUUUUCAAACGUGUAUCCUUCGGUGGAGCCAGGGUGGCUCCAGGCCACGUACGAGGGCAAAACGGGCCUUGUGCCUGAAAACUAUGUCGUCUACCUCUGACCCCAACCAAGGAGAGAGGUCAAGGAGCAUUCCAUGGUAUCCAUGGUAACGCAGAUGUCGCGCAGGCUCUGUCACACAGUAAAAGAGUGUGUUCAUUGUCUGGAGCAUGUGCGCAAUUAUUAUGCAAUGAAAAGUAAAAAAAGAAACACACACCCACACACACACACAAAAACCCCAACAAUUAAGCAAGCUGUCCUAAAUACACAUGCUAUAUGUAUCAUAUUAGGUGUGUGCCACUGCUCCUGUAGUCCCUGUAGUACAAAGCCUAAAAACAAAGACGGAUUUAUAGUACUGCGUAAAACCCAUGGUACUGCUCACCACUGACCUGAUGACUGAUACAGGGGCACCAACAUGAAGCCGUAACAGAAGAGGAUUGCUUCCUUCCUUACAGCGUGCACAUCUUGCCCCAGAUUAUCCUCACAAAGGGCAAGAGAAUUAAGUAAAUUAUCAAUAUAACCUGUAAAUAUAUAACUAUAGAUUUUUCAGUGCAGUAGUGGUAAGUUUUUAAUGAAGGCCAUGGGUGCACACGUUGUACAGCUAUAAAUAUCCACUCAGAUCCACUCUCUAUGACGUUAAGGUCUAACUGUUCUUUUAAGUUCUACUCAGAGCAAAUGUUGGUGUGUUACAAUUCUCAUUCUGACACAACAACCAAUGUAUUAUCUUUCCUGCCAUACAAUUGUGACCACGUUUAAUAAAAUAUUUUACAUGAUUAUAU